AUGGAAAGUGCUGGAACUCGAAUCAUCUUGAAGCAAUUAAAGAAAUACAAUAUCUUGAAAGAUGUUAAAGAGAUUAUUAAAGACCGAGAUAACAAAAGUGUCUCUGUCUUUAAAGAAUUUGGCGUCUCUCAUCUUGAAAGAUUCGAUCCAGGUCAUGUAUCAAAAAAUAUCUCAAAAGAUUUUACAAAGUUCUCAGCUUCUCAUAAGACAGUUGAAGUUUUCAACGACAAGACUCAGAAGAUUGAAAAAAUAGAGAGACCUUUCUGGGGUCUGAAUGCAAGCCUAAGUAUGUGGCUUUGGUCAUGUUUUGCCGAAGAAAAUAUUGACAAACGUACGAAAAUGUGGGAGAAUUGUGUCUACCAUUACGUAGGCAAUCAUUCUUUUUGCGAACCGCACAAUUACAAAUGCUUUGAAUGGCAAAAAGGUGUCAAUUCGAUCCAACUUCAAUUCAUGCUCUAUGACUGGGUUCACAAAUGGACACCCAUAGUUUCCAAAGUUUCUUCCAUUGGAUCUACCUGCAUGAAUGAAGCGUUUAACUCCAAAAUUGCAUGCUAUUUGGACAAAUCAAGAGCCUGGAAGAACAUUAACAUUAGAGUUAACGUUGCAAUCUUAGAAUGGAAUGAUCCAGAGCAUUUUCUCGGAGAUAUACAAAAAGCAUUACAUCUUCCCCCACUUCCAGAAGAUUGUGUCAAAUCAUUUGAAGAGAAUUGUUACUCCAAAAUGAUAUUGAAACAAAAAACUGUUACAAAAGGUUCUAAAAAACAGAACAAAUACAAAAAAUUCAUUCAGAGUGUACCAGGAGGAGAUUAUCAAGUUUUCAAGUCCGAAUGGGAAUCAGAAGACGAAGACAUUGAUGACUUUGAUUAA